AUGACCGCACCAGAGAACUAUGGCGCAGACUCGAAUCCAAAUCCAAAUCUAAGCGCAGAAAUCGCACACGCCCAAAUCAUGUUCAAAAUCGAUUUCCACGAAUACUACGCCCUCCUCGAACGGGCUAUUGUCCAUUUACUCGCAAUUUUCAAUAUCAGCGUUUCAUCGCGUCGACCUGCUCCUUCCCCUGCUCAAAGCCUACACACGACUACCUUCGCCAACGGCACCGGCACCGGCACCGGCACAGGAACACACCGCUACCACGCAAACGUCCUCCAAGCCCUAGAAGAAGAAACAACACCCCUGACACCGGUCCUAGGAUCCGGAAAGACAAUCGCGUUACUACGGCAAGCGAAACAGUUACGCAAUCGGUGGAAGACGGCUGAUAUGACUGCUGAAGAGAAAGGGCGGGAUCCCCAGUCUGAUCGGGAUCGGAGUCGGGAUGAGGUACUUCCGCUGUCGAGUUACAACUUUGAAGAAAUUAUUAUGGGGAUUUUUGCUGGGCUUGAGGAGGGGUUUGCCCGGGCUCAGGCACAUGUUGAGCUUUGUCGACGGCCUGAGGAGGAGGAGGGGGCUGGGGCUGGGGCUGGGGCUGGGGGAGGUUCGGAGGCGGAUUGGGAGUUUAUGGUUGAUGCUAUGGAUUGGGAGGCUGUUUAG